AUCGAUUUAAUAACGUAAUAUAUUCAACUUUAUUCAUGUAAGUGACGGAUACAUAAUUUGUUACUUUCACGCGAACGAAGACAGACAUUUAACACAGGCGAAUAGCGUUGGUGUAUUCUGGCGCUAUACACGAGGCGUAUUUACCGGAGAAUACGGAAAUGCCAGAUGUUGCACGAUUGAAAUAAUAUGUUAAAUGUUGAUCACGUGAUGAAUAGACAAUGCCCCGCCUCUACAAGUAAAAUAUGCGUGUAUGCUUGCAAUCCAUUUACCUUUUUAUUGGUGAACUACACUCUUGGUAAUAACAUCUGUUUUCUUAUUCGUUUGGAGCAGUGUUGUUUUAUUACGAUGAAACAGAUGAAUGCAGCAAGUAUUAAAGUACGCAACUACAUGACAAACAAGAAAGUCUGGGCUGUCAUUAGUAAAAGAGAAAAUGAUGUUGGACUUGAAAAAAUUCUUUCGGGAGACAAAAACCAUUCGAACGAAACAGUAUUCGUCAUAAGAAAUUUUUUUGGCAUUAGAGUGAACGCAAAUACAAUCUUAAAGCCAGGUAUGAUGAUGGUUUAUCCAAGGAGCAUAGGACAAUUCGUCAAGUAUGACAGAGGAUGUUUCAUGUGCCCAAACAAGUAUGUCUUUGCUACUGUUGCAUUUGAGGGUGAAGACGGACUUGAGUUUAAAUGGAAUAAAAUAAGGAUACGCCAAAAUAGCGAUAUUGUCAUAUCCGCAAACGAAAAUGUGAACCCAGAGACACACCCAACUAGAUUUGAAAGAUAUCUAAAAUAUGUGAUUUUUAUGUUGCCUGUACUGAUUUUCAGGGUUUAUGUGACGGAAAAACUCAGGCAGGCAUGGCAUUUUUUGAAUGAACCAUUUGGAAUUGAAAUAUCAAUAACAAACAAAAAACGAAGUGGACCUAAAAUUUAAAUCAGACCUUCACAUUUAUCAAAUAUUUGUUUUCAUGUACUAAUCUAAUAUAUCUUUUUUUUUUUUUUUGUUAUCUGAGGCCAGAUGCCGGUACUUCUGAGUAUAUUCCAGCUGAUGCUUUCUAUUUUAUUAACUUUUGAGUCAUCUUUCUGUUAAACUUUUUUCAACUUUGUCAAUUUGUUCGAUUAGCUGAAAAAUCUAUUUCCCUUAUCGAACAGACUAACCCCUUUCUGUAAAUAAAGAAUUCAUUCACAAAUAUCAGUAAUUGAUGAGCAAUAAAAUACUAUCCAUAAACGACUUUUAUUAGUAUUGUUUAUGUGGAAGAAAAAAUAAAUUACUCUC